UGAAGCCCUGCCUCCGUUGCUAGGGCUCAAAACUAGGAGGGCACAGAGGUGUCUGGUGCCCUAAGCUCAGUGGUCGAAUUCCUUUCACUACAUUGGUUAAUUCGAGUUACAGCUCCGGAAGUUUUGAAAGCUGUGGGAGAUUCUACGCACCAAUUGAUACGGCUGAGCCCCGUUGUGUUUUUCUUCAAUCUGAUUGGUGGAUGGAAGUCGGCCUACCAUGAUUGACAGGAGGAUUUGAUAGACGUCAUCACGGGUUUGACUGACAGGAAGAAGGGGCGUGGUCAGAGAUCUGAAUAGCCGGAAGUGCAGGCUUGAUAAAAUGUUGACCAAUCAGAGCGUCUGACAUAUUGAGUGGCAGUCGAGGGCGGGACCAUCCCCAGCUGGUUGCUAAGGGAGUGAUUCAGCAGCAUGGACGGUGCUGUGUCCAAUGUGGAGAUCUGCAACUUGGCCUAUUCAGGGGACCUGGAGCAGCUCAAGGCCCUUAUUUUGUCAAACAAGAGUUUGGCUACAAAAACUGACCAAGAUAGCAGAACAGCUUUACAUUGGGCAUGUUCAGCUGGACAUAAGGACAUUGUAGACUUCCUGUUAAGUCUUGGAGUACCAGUAGAUCCUAAAGAUGAUGUCAGCUGGACUCCCCUGCACAUUGCUGCAUCAGCAGGCCGAGAAGAAAUUGUGAAGGUGCUGAUUAGUAAAGGAGCUCAAGUCAAUGCUGUCAAUCAGAAUGGCUGCUCGCCACUGCAUUAUGCUGCCUCCCGAAACAGAUAUGAGAUCGCUAGCAUGUUAUUAGAGAAUGGAGCAGACCCCAAUAUCACAGAUAACAUCCACUCUACUCCCUUGCAUAGAGCCGCAGCAAAAGGAAAUUUCCGUCUUGUUCAGCUCCUACUGAAGCAUACAGCAUCUACAAACCUCCAGGACUUGGAGGGAAACACACCGCUACACUUGGCCUGUGAUGAGGAACGGGUUGAGGAAGCCAAGCUGCUGGUGGAGAAUGGAGCAAGUAUUUAUAUUGAAAACAAGGAAGAAAAGACACCUCUGCAAAUGGCUAAAGGUGGACUUGGCCUACAGUUACGCAGGAUAAUAGAAGGUUGAAAGUGAACUUGCAUUUCUCUCAAAACAUUGACUGAGAAUAAGGUGGGGAAAAUAAAUUCUGGACACUUGUGUAUCGCAUGCUUUCUUCUCCACAUAAUGUGCACAUUACAUGGUGCAUUACCUGCAACUCCUGAAGUAUUUAGGCUUGUACUUGAAGUCUCACUGGCUAAAGUGAUAGCAACACAGAUGGCUGAAUAAAUCCCCUUUUUAUUUUUGUUUACAGUGUCAGAAUUGUCCACUGAGCAAACUUGCACUGUGUGUUCUCUUUGUACUUUUUUCCUAUUUCCCAUCUGAAUGUGCUCCCCACUUUGAAAUUCCAGUAUUUUAAUAAGCUGCACUUCAAGUUUAUUUAGAUUAAAAUGAAGAUCAAAGGUUAUGGGGAGAAGGUAGGAGAAUGGGGUUGAGAGGGUAAAAUAAUUCAGCCAUGAUCGAAUGGUGGAGCAGACUCGAUGGGUCAAAUGGCCUAAUUCUCCUCCUACGUCUAAGAUGACUUGCUGCUGCUUGUGCUAAAAAUGUUUGCAGCUUUUAAAAAGACAAAACUGGGCUCAAUUACUGUCAAAAAUGGUAAAAGACCUAAUACUUAAUGAGUGCUGAUAGCACAGUUCUCAACAUUUAGUUGGGUUCUACUCAUCAUUUUUGACUAUGUGUGGCUCUUCCCUUCACUUGGGCUAACAAGCGAUCUACAUGACAUUCCUUGGGAAGCAGAGGAGAAGGAAUAAAUCACCAAUGUGAAAGACCAGUUUUAACAACUUCUUAUAUUUUAAUUUUCAACUUGCCUCUGGCAUUAAACACACUUCAAUGAAUUCAUUGAUAGUCACAUUGGAUUGCUGUCUCUCUUACUGUUGCACCUCAUACAGCAUAUGGGAGGAAAAUCUGCCAAUUUUUAUUUGGGUUGCGUUCCUACGAUGGCUACCUUCUGAUAUUGAUGUUCAUGUUAAUUUCAUAGCUAGAAAUGUCCAGUACAAUACAUGGGUUCCUAUUAAAUAGUAGUAGACUUGUGUAAUUCAUUGAGAAUAAUGCAUUUGUUAGCAGAUGAAGCAGUGGCCUUGGGCUUCCAUUUUAUUUUAAUAUUAGAAUAUAUUUACUUGUUAAAUUGACACCUGUCUGUAACUCAGAUGAGGUGAAAAGAGAUUAUUGAAAUAGCAUUUAACAUGUAAAUCAGUUCUAAAGUUAUAGUGAAAUACUGUGCAGGAUUGGGCCUUUCAGCUCAACUGGUCCAUGCUGACCAAGGCACCACAUCUCAGUUAGUCCCUCUAGGCCCAUAUCCCUCUAGGCCUUUCCUACCUAUGUAUCUGUCCAAGUGUCUUUUAAAUGUUAUUAAUGUCCUCAAUCGCCUCCUUCCAGCUCAUUCCAUUAUACGGACCACCUUCUGGGUGAAGAAGUUGCCCCUCGGGUUAUUUUUAAAUCUCUCCCCUUGCCCUAAACCUAUGCCCUCUAGUUCAUGAUUCCCCAACCCUGGGAAAAAGACUGUGUGCAUUCACCCUAUCUAUGCCCCUCAUAAUUUUAUAAACCUCUCUAAGAUCACCCCUCAUUCUCUUAGGCUCCAGUGAAUAAAGUUCCUAUUCUAAUAUUGAACAUUCCUUUGGAGCAAAUCAUACUUGGAGAUAAAAUUUGAUCAUAAGAGCUGUUUCUCUGACAACCUUCUGUACCUCUCAGUUGUACAGCAAGGAAACAGCCCCUUCAGCCCACCAUGUCCAUACUGAUCAUCAACUACUCAUCUACACUAAUUUCAGUUUCCAGUACUUGGCUCAUAGUCUCCUUUGCCACAGCGAUUCAAGUCCUCAUGUAGAUACUACUUAAAUGUUGUGAGAGUCUCUACCUCCAGCAUCCCUUCAGAUAGUCAUUCCAGAUCUAUGUUUUGGCAUGUACUAACAUGAUUCUUGUAAUAAAGAUGCAUACACAAUCA